AUGACAGUAGAAAUAAAACUACUAUUGCAACUGCACAUAUACCUGCAACAGCAACUGCUGCUAAAAGUACAUCAAACCGCAUCUGCACAUAUAACUGCAGUGGACACUGCAAAUCACCAUUCAACUAAAGCUAGACCAGCAUCUGCAACUGCAUCUGCUACACCACAAAUAAGUGCAGCGGAAACUGCAACUGCAGCUCCACAUACAACUGCAAUUUUAUCUAAAACUGCACAUGUGCUAUUGCACAUAAAAUUAAAACACUGCAACGGAACUGCACAUGAAACUGUAGCUUUCACUGGAUCUACACAUGCGAAUGUAACUUCAAAUGCAACAGCAUUUGCAGUUGCCAUAACAACUGCACAUACAAGAUUAACUGCUACUGAAACUGCUGAUACAAAUGCAUCUGCAAUUGCAAAUGCAACUAAGACUGCACAUACAACGCAAUCUAAAACUACAACUGCAACUGCACAUUUAACUGCAGAUGCAACUAAAAUUGUACAUGCAACUGAAACAAGACAAGCAACUGCACAUGGUAAUGCAACUGCACAUAGAACUGCAAUAUCACAUGAAGCUGCCACUGAAAAUGCUACUUUAACAAAAAAUGCAACUGUAACUAUCAUUGCUACUGCAACUACAAAUUCAACAGCACAUAAAACUGCAAACAAAACUCCACAUAACACUGCUAAUGGAAAUGCAACUUUAGGUGCAAUUGCAAAACCAAAUGCAACUGAACAUAAAACUGCAACUGCUACUGCAUAUAAAACUGUGUCAAAAAAAAACAACUGCCACAGCAACUGCAGCUGCUCAGAACCCGAAUCCAAGAGUACAAGACACCCGUGUGGCCUGCCAUCAAGAUCUAGCAAAUGCACCACUGCCGCAGCAGCGCAAGUGCACGCGAGUGAUUGA